GAGUCACAGUAUGUGUUGUAACAGCGUUCAUCCCUCAUCGCUAUCACUUUGUGAACGAGAAAAAAAACUGGAGCGAAGCUCAGACUUACUGCCGAGGCAAAUACACUGAUCUGGCAACCAUCAGCAACAUGGAUGAGAUGAAGAAGCUGAAUAUCACACUGAAGAAGGAACCUGCAAUGCUAGCGUGGAUCGGUCUAAAGAAUGAGAGCGUUGGGGAAUGGAAGUGGUCUCUGGCAGACCAAACUUUCUACAGAGGUGAAGACACUUACAGGAACUGGAGUAGUGGAGAACCAAACAAUGCUGGAGGAAAUGAACACUGUGUUGUGAUGUCAAGAUGCAUUGGUUCCUGGUUAGAUGAAAAAUGUGAUGAAAAAUUCUGUUUUGUGUGUUAUGAUGAUAAACUGAUCCUGAUGAACAAAAGUCUGACCUGGAAAGAAGCUCUGAGAUACUGCAGGAAUCAUCAUCAUGACCUGGUCUCGGUGGACUCUGAAGAGAUGCAGCUCUGGGUGAAGGAAGUUGCUCGGAACGCCUCCACCGAACACGUGUGGCUCGGCCUGCGUCACACCUGCGCUCUGGGCUUCUGGUACUGGGUGACUGGAGAGAUGAUCUGCUACCAGGACUGGGCUCCGGGGAACGGGACAGGAACAGAAGACUGCAGCAAUGAAGAGAGAACCGGAGCAGUGCAGUCUGGAGGAACGAAGCAGCAGUGGGUCAGUCUGCCUCAGAGCAACACACUCAACUUCAUCUGCUCCACCUAUGAAGGUUAGUCAGUGUGGUGGUGUUCUGUAGUUAUUACACCAAUACAUUUACU